UGCACAGCCUCACGUUCUACAUUGUCCGUUUCCCUUUUCAUCAUAAAAGUGAAGAAAUUCGAAGGCCCCUAUUAUAGUCCUCUCUCUCAAACCCCCUCCAUUUGUCUCUCUAAAUCUCUUAUCUCCCUUUUGUAACUCCAAAACCAGCGUGCGUCUCCGAAACUCCGAAGAAGGCCAAGAGAAAGAUAAGCCUGAAUUAACUGUGGUGAUGCAUCCUCCUCUAACCUUACACAAGCACCCAAUGUGUGCUGAAAUUAUUGAACAGUUUCAGAAGUGUCACAUAGAUCACCCUUGGGCAAAAUUCUUUGGUGAAUGUACAGAUCUCAAGAUAAAGCUUGACCGUUGCUUCCGACAGGAGAAAGCUCUGAAGCGAAAAGCCAACUUUGAAGAGAGCAAGAAACUGAAGGAAAGGCUCCGAGCCUCUAAAUUCGAAAAUGAAGAAAAGGUGGAGUAACACUAUCCUACCAAGUGGUCCAUCUCUUGAAAACACCGCCACAAACCAUGUAAAAUCUAAAAAUACCAAUUCAUGUGAAUGUUGCUGCUGCAUGCCCGGGUACUUGAAAGUGAAAUGGUUUACGAAGUAUAUAUGAAGCUUAGGAGUCGGAGUUUGGCCUUAGAAAAUGUUGCAGUUGAAAUUCUUUUAUAGAGCUCACCAGUUAGUGAGAUGGCAUCAUGCAUUUGUUCGCAAAAUAUUAUGAUAAAGAAUUUGAUUAAAAGCAAAAUUCUUUUGCUUUUUUCUGUCUAC